CGUUGGUGGUGUUGAUCACCCAGGAGCUGAUUAAAAAUGGGUGAUGUUGAGAAAGGCAAGAAGAGUUUUGUUCAGAAGUGUGCCCAGUGCCACACUGUGGAAAAGGGAGGCAAGCAUAAGACUGGACCAAAUCUCCACAGUCCGUUUGGGAGGAAGACAGGUCAGGCAGCUGGAUUCUCAUACACAGAUGCCAACAAGAACAAAGGCAUCACCUGGGGAGAGGAUGCCCUGAUGGAGUGUUUGGAGAAUCCCAAAAAGUACAUCCCUGGAACAAAAAUGAUCUAUGCUGGAAUUAAGAAGGGAGAGAGGGCGGACCUAAUAGCUUAG